AGUUUUAGCACUGGCAGUGAAUAUCGGGACGCAUCCCAAGUAACAUGUAGCAAGUAAUACUUUCGAACUGUUUAGAGAUUAGAUAUCAGUUAAAAGAGCUUAUUGGCUCAUUGCAGAUAAUAAUUUUUAAUUUGCAGAUUACAAAGAGAAGCGAAACGGCUUUAACAGAAUAUCUAUUGCAAGAAGGCGUCUCAAAAGAGGCUUGUAAAAUUCUAAAACGCGAAUUUCUACGACAUAAUAACAGGACAUGGCUUUUUGCAAUUUCGAUUUUUGACAGUCCGGAAAACUCAAAGUCCAUCUAAAAAGAUCAGAAAUACUUCAAAACAUCCAAUACCAAAAAAACCAAAGUUAUGUGAUGCCAAGGAUAAAGAUCUUUUGGAAACUCUGCAGUUGGAAGAAAAAAUUGCCUGGAUGAAUAUGAAAGUAACCGACGAAUCAAAUAAGGUAGCGUUACAGAUGGUUUUAACUGAAACGAGACCCAAUCGCUUAGUAGAAGUACAGGAUGCUAAAUACACUAUAACUGAUAUUUUAAAACGAUAUGGUCCACUUAAAGCCUAUCAUGGAGACAUGAUUGACUACGAAUUUAAUGCAAUUUGGCCAGGAAAAGAUAAUUUUUUGGGACGAUUCUCAACACAGUAUACCCCAAAGAUUAUUCGUUAUAUUAAUGAAAUAAGAUCCGAUCUUACAAAUUUCAUGGUGACAGCAAAUGAGGAUUUAAGAGCACUUUGUGCAAUUCCAUUAUUAUUACCAACUCCUAACUAUGGGAAAGGAAAAGGAUGUAAGGGAAAAGGGAAAUCUAAGGUUCUCCUAUCAAAUUCGAAAAUCGUCCCUAAAUGUAACAAACCACAUCCUGAUUUGAUUAAGUUUAUUUCGGAUAGCGAAGAUUUGGUAGCACAAACUACAUUGGAAGGCGCUUCAGCACAGAUACAGCCUUUUUUAAUUUGUGCUCAGGCUUCAAAUGAAGAUUUCAAAGGGCAUUUUUUUAUUCGAGCGGAUGAUAUAAUCAUAUCCUUAAGAAAAGAUCCUAUACACGCCUUCGACAUUUUGAUAAAAUUUCACUAUAUCUUGAAUGUGAAAUUUGCUCCUUCAUUGGAGAACUUUUAUAACUUUAUUGUGGCCUGCAUUAUGGACAUAGAAAAACCACGUCCCAUUUGCGACAAUUUAGAUAUAAUAUUACAAAAUUCAUUUGCGACAACAGAUAUAAUAGAAGUUUAA